GGGAGAGGCACACACGCAGACGGGCGAGCAAACGCGCGCGCUGCUGGAGGGAGGGGAGCAGGAGGGAGGUGGCCGCGGGAGCGCUGUCCGGGGUCCUGAAGCGGGGACUGAGCGAGGGGUGCUCCACCUGCCGCCGCUUGGGUGCAUGGGGAAGUGAGCCAUCCCAAGUGCCACGAGCAAGGGGGAGGGCGAGAGGCGAAUCUCACCCGGGGAAGCUCCUGCCACUGUCCUUUUCCAGCACCACCUCGGGCAGGCAGCCGGUCCAAAGUGCCGCCGAACAUACUAUGGAACAGGAGAAAUAUUUACCCGAGCUGAUGGCAGAGAAAGAUACCUUGGAUUCCUCCUUUGUUCAUGCGAUGCGCCUUUUGGCUGAAGAAAUUGAAAAGUUCCAGAGUUCUGAUGAGAAAAAGGAGGAUGAAGAGAAAAAAUACCUUGAUGUCAUCAGCAACAAAAAUAUAAAGCUGUCAGAAAGAGUAUUGAUUCCUGUCAAACAGUAUCCAAAGUUUAAUUUUGUGGGCAAAUUGCUUGGACCAAGAGGAAAUUCCUUGAAAAGGUUACAAGAGGAAACAGGUGCAAAAAUGUCAAUCCUGGGGAAGGGUUCUAUGAGAGACAAAGCCAAGGAAGAAGAACUAAGGAAGAGUGGGGAAGCCAAAUACGCACACUUGAGUGAUGAACUACAUGUAUUAAUUGAAGUGUUUGCCCCACCCGGGGAAGCUUAUUCACGGAUGAGUCACGCCUUGGAAGAAAUUAAAAAAUUCCUCGUUCCAGACUAUAAUGAUGAAAUCCGUCAAGAGCAGUUGAGAGAAUUAUCAUAUCUAAAUGGUUCAGAAGAGUCAGCUCGUGGACGAGCGAUGCGGGGAAGAGGGAUCCGGGUUCCUCCUGCAGCCCCUUCAAGGGGUCGUGGGAGUGCAAUUCCUCCUCCACCACCACCUGGACGAGGAGCUCAAGUCCCAAGAGGAACACCUGCGACGCGUGGAGUACUCCCAGUCCCCCCUGUAGCCAGGGGGGUCCCAGCCCCUCGAGCAAGAGGAGUUCCAGCAGUACCAGGUUAUAGGCCACCCCCUCCGCCAGCACAUGAACCCUAUGAAGAAUAUGGAUAUGAUGAUGGAUAUGGGGGUGAAUACGACGAACCAAUUUAUGAGGCCUAUGAUAAUAGCUAUACCACACAAACACAGAGUCUGCCUGAAUAUUAUGACUAUGGUCAUGGAACAAGUGAAGAUGCUUAUGACAGCUACGGGACCCAAACACAGUGGACGGCAAACCAGCACAGUUACGUAGUGCUCAGGUAUUCCUCCAGUGAGGAAAAAUUACACUGGAAUUGGCCUAGCAAAGGUGUCAAACUUAGAGUCUUUCUUCCUCUUCCUCCUAAUAUACCUGAGGGCAAAGGUUGGCAAACCUUGUAGAACUGAAACUUUGCUGUACUGCAGUAAAUUAGGAAGAGUAUUACGGUACUUCAACAUGAAGGAUCAUUAUUGUUUCCAGUGCAUGAGCUUUGGAAUGGUCUGUGUUCUAAACAAAGAGCUGACAUUUAACGCAUUACAAGGAACGAAGCAAGGUACAGAGCACUUCAUUAUAUGCACGCUCAGAAACCCUUAAACGGAUGAGGCAGCUAUUUGCAUCUGAUAGGAGCUAAGUGGGACAUUAAAUUAAUGCCAAACAAGUGAGUGCUCAUUUUGGUUUCAUUAUAAAUGGCUGCAGUACAGCAGUAAUGUGUUGACUCUUAUGUGCUGACAACUUCUAUAUUUCUUCUAAACUUCCCUGAGAGCUAGACAUGGAGGAAUAAAUUGCUACUCUAGAUGAUAAAAUUAGGAGGAGAUAUAUUCACAAUAAUUGCACAUAGAUCUCCCAAAAUACACCAAAGUCUGAAAAAAAGUGUUAGUGGAUUACUGGUUUUCAUGAAGGUUUGUUGACAUGGAUAUGCAUUUUCAUAUUCAACUAUAUCCCCACUUGUUUUAGGAGACAUCCCAAUUUUAGGAGAACAUCAACCAUGGGUAGGUAUUCCAUGUUCACUUCACACCUUGUAUAUCGGUAAGAUAUGUGCAGUGAAACUUGCAUUAACACAAUUUUAAAUCAUUCAUGAAAAAUUGUUGUUGUUGUUGUUACUCAUAUGUUGAAGGCAAGAGAAUAUUUGAACAAUUUGCAUCCACGCGAGCCACAAUCCCCUUGUUUAGCUUUAAAGAAAUAAUAAAUAAGAAACACGAGUCUUUGGUUGAGUAAAUAAAAUAAAAACCAGGAAAAUAAGUAGUUUGUAGCUAACCUUUAGAUAUCAAUUGUGUGAACCAUAUAUUACCUUUUCCUAUAGUAGAUUGCCAUUGGGAACAUAUGAAGCACCAUGCAGUCCUUAGGUAUUAAAUUCCAGCUAGCUUUAACAAUAUCCAAGCCCUAUAUGAGAACCAAAUAAUUUGAAAUGGAUAUGCAGGUGCUAAAUGAACAAAUCACAAACCAGAGGGAAAUGGGAAUCUCUUUUGUUGUUUAUGUUUUCUUCUCAUUGUAAAAGUAGAUUGUUCUCUUUGCUUUUGAAGUAACUUGUUCCAGAAUGAACCAAAGGCCACAACAUGUAUGAGAGAUAUUUGAGUAUUUGGUUGCGUGCAUCUACCACCAUAACAUUCCCCAGUGAGACAGAGAUGAAACUUUCAAGGGAGAAAGAUGGGAAGAGCUGACAAGCAGAUGUUCCCAAGGCCUGCAUGCUAGUGACAGCUGUAAACCAGAAAGAAAUGCAGUGCCCAACAAAUCAAAACACUGUGUUUGGAAAAGGUCAAGAUUAUCUUCGCCUCUUUAGCAUUCCAAGGAGGAAUGACUGGAACCUUUUGACAUCCUUCUACCCCAAGGAGCAGGGGGGAAGAUAAAGACAAAAACUGUAACAAAGUGGGAAAAAGAGAAUAACAAAUAAAUCUUUUACAAGUGUUGUGAAAAA